CAACUCUUUGCCCAUUUUCUUUUCUUUUCUUUUCAUUUGAAGUAUGGCACCAUUGAGAUGGAUGUUUUAAAAAGGCAAAACCAGUAUCAGCAGUCAGCACCCCUGAGAUCAAUCACCUCAGCUCUAGUGAAAGAAGUGAGAGUCUUCACUUCAAAAGGGAGAGGACAGGAGGAAGCACGCAAGGGAGGAAGAAGACAACCACACGCUAGGUCCUGUGUGUGUGUGUGUGCGGGGCUAGAAGCAGACAAGCUGCGGGAGCAAAAGGAGCAUGGCUUCUCGCAGUAGCUUCUACUUUGUUCCCUUGCUCCUCUUGCUCAUGCUCUUGCUCUCUUCUUCUGCUACUGCUGCAUUGGCAUCCAAGCCGAGCAGCGCUGGGAGUGGCGCUGCUGGUAAUGCCACUGCGAGGUUGAGGCCAGGGAAGGAGCUGCUCAAGUACAACAGGAUCAGGGCUCUGCUCAAGAAGCUCAACAAGCCUUCUCUCAAGACCAUUCAGAGCCCAGACGGUGAUCUGAUUGACUGUGUUCCUUCUCAUCUCCAGCCUGCAUUUGACCACCCAAAGCUCAAGGGCCAAAAGCCUCUGGAUCCACCGGAAAGGCCCAAGAACUACAACUUCUCUAUUUCUGACGGCGGCAGCAGAGUUGGCGAGGUGGUGGUGCAGACAUGGCAUGCCACCGGCGAGGCGUGCCCGGAAGGCACGGUAGCUAUGCGGCAGACGACGGAGAAGGAUCUGCUCAGGGCCAGCUCCCUCAGAAGGUACGGCAGGAAGCCGGCGCGCCGGAGUGUUCGUCGUGAUUCCACAAAAAGCGACCAUGAGCAUGCAGUUGGGUAUGUAAACUCUCAGCAGUACUAUGGGGCCAAGGCCAGUGUUAAUGUGUGGUCACCAAGGAUAGGUGACCCAUCUGAGUUCAGCCUGUCACAGAUCUGGGUCAUCUCUGGCUCUUUUGGCAAUGAUCUCAACACCAUUGAAGCUGGAUGGCAGGUAAGCCCUGAGCUGUACGGAGAUAGUAACCCAAGAUUCUUCACCUAUUGGACGACUGAUGCGUAUCAAGAGACCGGGUGCUACAACCACAACUGCCGUGGAUUCGUGCAAACCACUAAUAAGAUCGCCAUCGGGGCGUCUAUCACCCCGGAAUCGGUGUACAACGGCAGGCAGUUCGAUAUUACUCUGAUGAUAUGGAAGGAUCCGAAGCACGGGCACUGGUGGCUGGAGUUGGGCCCGGGCCUGGUCGUCGGCUACUGGCCAUCCUACCUCUUCACCCACCUCGCGCGCCACGCGAACAUGGUGCAGUUCGGCGGCGAGAUCGUCAACACCCAGCCAUCGGGGUCGCACACGGCUACGCAGAUGGGCAGCGGCCACUUCCCCAGCGAGGGCUUUGACCGCGCCGCCUACUUCCGGAACCUGCAGGUGGUGGACUGGGACAACAACCUCAUCCCGGCAGCCAACCUGAAGCUCCUCGCCGACCACCCCGGCUGCUACGACAUCCAUGGAGGGUCCAAUGGCUACUGGGGCAGUUACUUCUACUAUGGAGGGCCAGGGAGGAGCGUGAAAUGCCCCUGAGAUAAAUUUGGAUCUUGUUUUCUUUUUUCUGUUUUUUUGUUUGUUCGUUUGGUUGUUGUCUUUUUCUGACAGCAAGUAUUGGUUUGGCCCUUUAUAGGAUAUUGCUAGGUCUUAGAUCUUUAGCUGAAGAAUGCAUCGGAACAGUUGAGACUUGAGAGGAAUUUGUAAAUUUGAGAAGUGCGCGCCAGUUUAUGCAUUCAAUUUACAUAAUACCCACUCCAUUCUUAAAUACAUGUCAUUCUAGCUUCCAAAUUUUGCUCCCGAACAAACA